GAGUAACAGAGCUGCAGUUCCUCUCAGUGUCACUACAGCGCACGUUCUAAUACAGUUAGAAAGGCUGUUUAUUUGUUAAGAAAAAUGCAGUCAGCAUGAAUAUGCAAAUCCUUUCCAGACCAAAGGUGCGAGUGCUGGAUUUUCAUGACUGCUGUUUCAGAUUUAAAACUAAUCUGGCAGGACUGAAUUGUCUAGUCAGCGGAAGCUAAUGAACUCCCUCCUAUGAUGGAUGCCUUUUGUUUGUAAUAUCUGACUGAAUGAAUGGAGACAAAAGGUUCUCUUCCAGCCUUGCUCCAGUUCCGGGAGGCGAGGAGAAAUGAAACCUUAGUGUAAAUUUUUCUCACCCUUAGUGGUUUAUUACUCUGAGCUAAUACUAUUGGCAGUAAUUUUAAUAUUUCAUUAUAAGGGAUAACCAGCCACUGCUGAUUUACCUGUUACCUAAGAAAAUCGAAUUGCACAAAAAGGAUAUCUAUGGAAGGACUGUAUUAUGAUAUUUCAAGGCUGUCUUACCCUCCAGAAUAUGACAGACACCUAGCAUCAAGCAAAAAUAUGGCGGCUGCUUACCUUGACCCCAACCUAAAUCACACCCAGGGCUCAGGUGCAAAGUCUCGUCUAAGUACUGGCAUGGAACGUUCACCUGGCACCAUGGAGAGAGUACUUAAGGUGUUUCAUUACUUUGAAAGCAGCAAUGAGCCAACAACAUGGGCAAGCAAUAUUCGACAUGGGGAUGCUACUGAUGUUAGGGGAAUUAUUCAAAAAAUUGUAGAUAGUCAUAAAGUUAAGAAUGUCGCUUGUUAUGGAUUGCGCCUCAGCCAUCUUCAGUUGGAAGAGGUUCAUUGGUUACAUCCGGAUAUGGGAGUAUCUCAUGUAAGAGAGAACUAUGAACGAAACCAACCUACAGAUGAAUGGAGGUAUGAACUCCGAAUUCGUUAUUUACCAAAAGGUUUUUUGAACCAGUUUACAGAGGACAAACCAACACUAAAUUUUUUCUAUCAUCAAGUAAAAAAUGAUUAUAUGUUGGAAAUAGCAGAUCAGGUGGACCAAGAGGUGGCACUGAAAUUGGGCUGUCUAGAAAUCCGGAGAUUCUACAGGGAAAUGAGGGGAAAUGCAUUAGAAAAGAAGUCCAACUAUGAAUUAUUAGAGAAGGAUGUGGGCUUGAAAAGAUUCUUUCCAAAGAGUUUGUGCGACUCUGUGAAGCCUAAAGCACUACGAAAGUUGAUCCAACAGACAUUUCGGCAAUUUGCCAAUCUGAAUGAAGAAGAAAGUGUUUUGAAAUUCUUUGAAAUUCUUUCACCAGUUUACAGAUUUGACAAAGAAUGUUUCAAAUGUGCACUAGGGUCAAGCUGGGUUAUUUCAGUGGAGUUGGCAAUUGGUCCGGAAGAAGGCAUCAGUUAUCUUACAGAUAAAGGAUCCACACCUACUCACCUAGCAAACUUCAAUCAAGUACAGACUAUCCAGUAUUCAAGCAGUGAUGACAAGGACAGGAAGGGGACCUUGCAGCUAAAAGUAGCUGGAGCACCAGAGCCACUGACAGUGACAACACCAUCUCUUAACAUUGCGGAGAACAUGGCUGACUUGAUAGAUGGAUACUGCAGACUUGUGAAUGGAGCAACUCAGUCUUUUAUUAUACGACCUCAAAAAGAGGGUGAGAGAGCCUUACCAUCUAUACCAAAGCUUGCAAACAACGAAAAGCAGGGAGUGCGAUCACGGACUCUGUCAGUUUCAGGGGUAAAUGAUUGUCAACCUAAUGAAAAGAAUGUCAUACACUAUCUUCUUCCAUUCAUCUUCUGUUCUCAGCAAGAAACAGCUAAGGAUGACAUAAGCGGGGACGAGACAGAUGACUAUGCAGAAAUUAUAGAUGAAGAGGAUACCUACACCAUGCCCUCCAAAAACUAUGGAAUAGAUGAAGCCAGGGACUAUGAAAUCCAAAGGGAAAGGAUUGAACUAGGCCGCUGCAUUGGCGAAGGGCAGUUUGGAGAUGUUCAUCAAGGUGUCUACAUGGGUUCUGAAAACCCAGCAAUGGCUGUUGCCAUCAAGACCUGCAAAAACUGCACCUCAGACAGCGUGAGAGAGAAGUUCCUGCAGGAAGCUCUGACCAUGCGGCAGUUUGAUCACCCUCACAUAGUCAAGCUUAUAGGUGUUAUUACAGAAAAUCCGGUAUGGAUCAUUAUGGAACUCUGCACUUUAGGGGAGCUAAGAUCAUUCCUGCAAGUCAGGAAAUACAACCUGGACCUGGCGUCCUUGAUUCUUUAUGCCUACCAACUCAGCACAGCACUUGCCUAUCUAGAGAGCAAAAGAUUUGUACAUAGGGAUAUUGCUGCAAGAAAUGUGCUAGUGUCAUCUACAGACUGUGUAAAAUUAGGGGAUUUUGGCUUGUCCAGAUACAUGGAGGACAGCACGUACUACAAAGCCUCCAAAGGGAAACUGCCAAUCAAAUGGAUGGCCCCAGAGUCAAUUAACUUUAGACGUUUUACCUCAGCUAGUGAUGUAUGGAUGUUUGGAGUGUGUAUGUGGGAAAUCUUAAUGUAUGGUGUCAAGCCUUUUCAAGGAGUAAAAAAUAAUGAUGUGAUUGGACGAAUUGAAAAUGGUGAGAGGUUACCAAUGCCCCAAAAUUGUCCUCCUACUCUUUAUAGCCUUAUGACCAAAUGCUGGGCCUAUGACCCCAGUAGAAGACCAAGGUUCACCGAACUCAAAACACAACUCAGUACAAUUUUGGAAGAAGAAAAAAUACAGCAAGAAGAGCGUAUCAGAAUGGAGAUGAGACGUCAAGUUACAGUCUCUUGGGAUUCUGGUGGGUCAGAUGAAGCACCUCCCAAGCCAAGCAGACCUGGUUAUCCAAGUCCAAGGUCUAGUGAAGGAUAUUUUCAAAGCCCUCAACAUAUGGUGCAGCAUAAUCAUUACCAGAUGUCAAGUUACCCAGCCUCUGCUGGAAUCUCUUCCAUGCCUAGCAGUAUCUAUCCUGCUCAGCCACCCAUAAUGGAUCACCUUGAUUCUUGGAAUCACCAUCGGCCACAGGACAUUCCGGUCUGGUCCAGCGUUGAGGAAUCAGGACAUUUGGACAUGCGAGGAAUGGGACAGGCAUUACCAACCCAUGUGAUAGAGGAGAAGUUGAUACGCCAACAACAAGAAAUGGAGGAAGAUCAGCGUUGGCUGGAGAAAGAGGAAAGAUUUUUGAAACCAGAUGGAAGGCUGUCCAGGAGCAGUAUUGACCGAGAGGAUGGGGGUCUCCAGGGGCCAACUGCCAAUCAGCAUAUUUAUCAACCUGUGGGGAAACCAGAUCAUGUAGCUCCUCCAAAGAAGCCUCCACGCCCAGGAGCCCCAAGUCACCUUGGCAGCCUUAACAAUCCAGUGGACAGCUACAAUGAAGGAGUAAAGCCUUGGAGGAUUCAGCCUCAGGAGAUCAGUCCUCCUCCAACAGCUAAUCUGGACAGAUCCAACGACAAGGUGUAUGAAAAUGUAACCGGAUUGGUGAAGGCUGUGAUAGAGAUGUCUAGUAAAAUCCAGCCAGCACCACCAGAGGAAUAUGUGCCAAUGGUGAAGGAUGUUGGCUUAGCAUUAAGGACACUGCUGGCUACAGUGGAUGAAACCAUUCCUUCGCUCCCUGCAAGCACACACAGAGAGAUUGAGAUGGCGCAGAAGCUGCUAAACUCAGACUUGGCUGAACUGAUUAAUAAGAUGAAAUUGGCCCAACAGUAUGUCAUGACCAGUCUCCAACAGGACUACAAAAAACAGAUGCUGACAGCUGCCCAUGCUUUAGCUGUAGAUGCCAAAAAUCUACUAGAUGUCAUCGAUCAAGCACGGCUAAAAAUGAUUGGCCAGUCCAGGCCUCAUUAAGAUGUGGGAGAAAGGAAAGUGAGUGCCUUCUUCUUGGUCAAGUGUCAGUCCUUUAGGAGGGCAUUAUACAGCACCACCAGCAGUGGGAAGUUAAACCUUUCUAGCCCUAGACUCUUAGACACCAGUCCCAGGAGACCAGACUGGCAACUGUUUUCAUCCUCUGCUGAUCAGCAGUAUUUAUCAAGUUUUUAACUUUGGAAAGAAGAGUUUAUUAGCACAGAGUGCAACAUUGCUGUGCAUAAUGUUGCAUUUUUUUUUUAUUUCUGACUAUCACAUUAUGUAAAUAAAACACUAAAGCACGGACAAACUUUAUAUCUAGUGAACUUCAGAUGGCAGAAACUAAUGGAAUGUUUUAAAAUACAAGUCAAGAGAAAAGCUCUUCCAGUAAAAAAAAUCAGUUUAAGAUAUUGUGAUGUGAAGAAUUCUGAAAAACCUAAAGGCGUAUUCUCCUUCAGCACUACAAGAACUGUAAUGACUGGAAUAUUGUAAUGAAAACACUGAACUUGCAAUACAAUACACUAAUCAUGAAAGCAAAGGGGGUAUGUUAAAAGGCUGUAUGUUCAAGGCAAGUGAAAAUAUGUAAAAUGUACAGCUGUGCAUUACCUAAUGUUAAUAAUGAAGCAUAGGUGCAGAAUUAACUUAGACUGUUAUAUGUCUUUUGACCAGAUCAUGUGCCAGUGUCUUUUCCAUUAUUUGUGUUAUAUUUUUGAUGUUUAGUUUUGAUACUGUUCUGUUUUCUGUUUUUAUUUUAUUGGUAGGCAUGUUCUUGGAAAAAGAAGAGCUGCUUCAUGCCAGCUUAUCUGAACUAAAUGCAAGGUAUGAAAUAGUCCUUCAACUAGUCAUUUGCCUUCUUUGACCCAUUGUUAUUUAAAACACUAAAGCCAUGUGCAUUAUUUUAAAUUGCUGUAGUUACUAACCAGCCAUUUUCUGUCUUACCUGGGAGUUACUGCAGGAGGUAUACUUUUAAACAAAAGAAACUACGUUAUCCCCACAGUAUGUUUUGUCACUCUCCCUUCUUUUGCUUUGGGGAGGGAUAUAAAUUAUUCUCAGGAAGAAUAUGAUGAACUGUACAGUUAUUUGACCUAUUAAAAAGGUGUUUACCAGUGAAA